CCGUUCAGGAAUGUACUCGAGCCACUAAAAGCGCACCGGUACCCCGGUACGGGCGCUAGAGGCUCGUUCAGGCCCUCAUUUUCCCUCCCAAAUGGAGCUGCGGUGGCGCGAGCCGGGCACGAGUUCCGGCGCCGGGACCAGAGCAGAGCGCCGCGGCGAACACGACACGCAGGCGGCAGCGCGCGCGCGCUUGCAGUCGCGAGCGCUUGUUGUCGAAAAUGGCGUCCGCGGGAGGAGGGCAGUGAGGAGCUCCGCGCUCAGGGCUCGUGCGCGGGCAGCGCGGGCAGCACCGGACCGAACCGGACCGAACCGGACCGAACCUCUCGCUGCUCGUCAGCGCUCGCUGUCCAUCGACCCCCUCCCCCGCCCCGCCUUUCCCGUCCUCGCGCCUCCGUCUCGUCUUCAUCCGCCGCCGCCGCGUCCUGGGACCUUCGGUUCAUUUCAGGGAAAAAAGUGGAGCAAAUGUGAACAUGCCGGAUAUAUAAAUAUAAAUAAAUAAAUAUAAAUACAGAAAUAUAUGAGUACAUGAGUAAUAAAGAGGAGAAGCAGAACCCGCCUCUGGGUCCGAGAACCUGACAAGAGAGGAGCGCGGAGCCAAGGUACAUCUCCUGAUGGAGAGGAACUACCCCGGGACGGGCUUCGGGGACCCGGGCGCGGGAGCAGGCUGGACGUACGAGAGGUCGGCCAAGGCGAGCCUGGUAUACGGCAGCCCCAGGUCAUCGCACCCGGACUCGGAGCUCCUCCAUCGCCAAGCGUAUGGCACGCCCCACCCUUUGCAGGGCUAUGCAACCAAUCACCACCCGGCAACCUCUGGACAGGGUGGAGCCUGGGGAGCAGCAGGGCGGAGUUUGGGGCUGUCGGGGCUUUUCGACGCCGGUCUGCACCACGCCAGUCCCCCGGGCCCCGAUGCGUCCGUCAUGAACCUCAUAUCGGCCCUGGAGUCUCGGGCUCCGCAGCCGUCGCCCUCGGCCUCCUCCCUGCUGUCUCAGUUCCGCACUCCUUCCUGGCAGACAGCCAUGCACACCCCAGCUUCUGCUGAACUCUUCAUCUCCGGCGCCCUCCCCGGGUCGGGCAGCUUCCCCUCCUCCUCGGCUCUGUCGGCCUACCAGCACCCGUCCUCCUUCUCGGGACGCUCCUUUGCCGGGGUUGCACCUCCGCUGUCCCUGCAAGACACGGCCACGUUCAGCCCCACGUCCAACAGCCUGCUGUCGCCCCACGACUCCCUGCUUCACAUCAAGACCCCCUCACAGUCCAGCUUAGGCUUCGACCGCUUGCUGUCCUCGCAGGGCGCCCCUUACCUAGGCGGGCCUCAGGAUAUCGCAGGCCCUGCCCCACCCCCCCAGGCAUCAGGCUCCUCGGCCAGGCACCACCUGCCCCCUCCUCAGUUCAGCCUCCUGUCCUCCCAGCUUCAAGAGCAGUCCUCGCAGCUGUACAACGCCUCUGUUUUCUCGUCAGCCCCCGGGCCAUCUCAGCCGCCGCCACAGGACAGGACCCUGCCCCGGCAGGACAGCGUGAUCAAGCACUACCAGCGGGCCCUGCCGGCUCAGCCCCAGCUGCCCUCGUCGGCAUCCCAUGCCCUGCAGCACUACCUCAGCUGCGGAGCAGCGGGGUACCAGCAGUUGUCCCACCACAGCAGACAAGCGGGGGUUUCCUGCAGCCCUUUGGGUGAGCACAGCCCUUCGUCCGAAGCGAAGCCGACACCGAGGUCGGAGCAAGUGUAUCGGCCCAUCAUUCAGCCGCCUUACAGCUCUUCCAGCACCUCGUUAUCCUCGGGGGGGGUCACAAAGGGGAUGAAGAGCACAUCGAGCAGUGGUUACUUGUCCUCUGCUUCAGGUUCUUUGUCCCACGCUCCACACACGCCGCCGUCUGCCUUGUCCACAUUGUUGUCCUCCUCGUCCUCUUCGUCCUCUUCCUCCAGCUCCAUCCCCUCUUCCGGAUCCUCAUCUGCCCCUCCCAGACAGCAGCCGCCUCCUAAGUCUGCCCCGCCGCCGCCUACCCCUCCUUCUUCCUCUGCUUCGGCCCAGCAGGCUCCACCCAAAUCCUGUUUGUCAGGCUACAGCUCCCCCGUGGCAGCGGUGAAGCCCUCGCCAGCCCUCGCCAGCCGGACACCCCCGCAGCCGCAGGCGUACUCCCCCAGCCAGCCCUCUGCGCCCCACCUCUCCCAGCCCUACAGCGGAUUCAGCUCCCCCCAGGCCCAGGAUCUAAGUUCAGCAGCAGGGGCUGCCGGCUCGGGAAAAGGGUACAGCGGCCUGGGGGCGAGCGGACGCUCGUUCUCAGCGGAGGGUGUUUACGGAGCGGAUGCGGGGUACGGCACAGUCCCUGCCACACUGGCUGGAGCAGGGAGCCCAUCGCUGGGAUACGGUGGUCCCAGCCACUCCCCUGGCAUCUUAGCUUCAGGAGCAAGUUCUGAUGUGGGCAACAUGGGGUCAGGAGCUGGCAGUGGGGGAGGAGGUGGAGGCAGAGCUGGCAGCGUGGGGGGCGGCACAGAAGGUGUGGCGGCAGCAGGAGGCUCCUACCACCUACCAGACUCAAGCCCCUCUCCUUCCAGCGGUGCCGGGAUCGCUCACCCUGGGGUGCGUUCUCCUGGCGCCCCUUGUCCCGCUCAUUCCCCAGGUGGUGGCGCAGGGAACAAGUACCUCUCCUCUGUUUUAUCUCCUGCCUUCUUGUCCUCCCCCCAGAGCUGCCAGGACACCCGGGUGCCGCCGCCACCACCCCCUUCAUACCACCCAGCAGCCCCCAAGGCCAAGGUUAAUGCGGACAUGCUGGAGGCACAAAGGCCUCGGAAUGAUGAAGAUGAGGAUGAUGAAGAUUUCUUAAUACAGCACCUCCUUCAGGCCCAGAGUCCAGUGUUGCACCAGUCGCGAACCCCUCCCCAGGCUUCGCCCCAGCAAGGCCCACCGAGUCAAGAGGGCAGCAAAGGACUGGCAUACGAGCUGAGCAAGAGCUCUGAGGAGCGGUACCACCUGCAGAGCGUCAUUCGCACCAAUAACAUGACUGCUGCUGCUGCCAGCACGAGGGAGUCUGUGGGAGUGGGCGGAGCCCUGGAUGAACAGCUAGAAAUGUCCAUGAAGAAAAAGCAGCAGCUACCACAGGUGAAGAGAGAGAGAGGUCCAACAGGUGCAGGCAGCAGGGCGAGGAGUGCUGGGAAACUGCCUUCCCCCCAGUCGGAUGUGACCCCUCAUCACCAUCACCACGAUGCUCUCGGCUCAGUGGUGCACUUUGGUCGGAGUGACCCCUACUCUCAGCACCUGCACAUCCAUCACGCUCACCACCCCCAUUCUCACCCCUACCGGGAGCUAAAGAAUCCUCAGGAUGCGCCAAAUUUGCCAUAUCUUCCCAAGACCCCGGAUGCGCAGCCUCAGCAGCAGCACCGCCCAACCGCCACCUCCAUGUCCCUCCUGGAUUCCCCUCCAAACGCAGCCCAGCCAUCGCACUUGCUCCACUCGGUGCUGUCGCACACGGCUCGCAGCAAGGUGGACCCGCAGCACCACCUCAUGAGCCAGCAGGCCACUAUGUCUGCAGCCGCUACGGGAGCUGCGAGUGGCUCGGCGGAGCCCCGCACCCAGACCCAGGCCUCUCAGCUGCAGCUGCAGCUCCAGUCCCAGACUCUGGAGGCGCAUUAUGGCCGUGGGGCCCCAUGCGAUCACAGCUCGUCGACCCAGAGCUCUGUGACUUCCCUGAACGUGCUGGAGCGUCCUCUUUCUCAGACGUCCAGCAGGAAGACGGUGGGAGUGGUGGCGCAGGGUGGGGGCGGGGGUGGAGCUAGAGGAGAGGGCAGGGCCACAGAGAGACACGGACUGCCAGCACACUGCCAGCCACAGCCUCCCCAGCAUGCUCAGACGGGUCUGCACGACUUCCUGUCCAAGCCGGACAUGGGUCUGUCCGGGCCGCCUCAGCUGCACCACAUCAACUCCCACCAGAGCCACAGUCACUCGCACCCGCAGCACACUCACAACCCGAUGGCUCACAGCCACUCGCUCCCCCACCACAUGCCCCCCAGCACUGUUGCUGCUGCUGCUCCUCUUCCUACUCCACAGCAGCGGCAGCAGAGGGAUCAAGACCCACAGGUGAAGCAGCUUAAAGAGCACCAGUCUGACGCCGCUAGUCCUUCUGGGAAGCCCAGUGAGAGCCAGCAGAGGUUCAUGCCGCUGACUUCCAUCUGCUUUCCCGACUCCUUCCUGCAGGACGAGGACCGCUCCUUCUUCCCCGGCAUGGAGGACAUGUUCUGCUCCGAGGACUACAAGUCUAACUGCAAAGGGGGGGCAGCAUCAGGCCACACAGACCAGGAAGGCGUGUCGGAGGGACGCUGUGGCCAGGAAGCCAUGGAUGGGAUAAAGACGGGCAACUUGAGCGCUACUGCGAACACCUACGAUAUGAUGGCGCACCACGGCGACCAGGGCUGUGGAGCGUACUGCUUUAGCCUGGCGGAGUCUGACGGCGGCACCAUGCACCUGGACCUGGACUCCCUCAAGUCCCACAAACUUCCCUCCAUGGUCAAUGCUGAGCAGCUGGGCCUGAUCCAGUCUCAGCCCUCUGACUUGGGCCUGGGUAGAGCAGGCUGCGACGGUACCGGCACCAAGAUGAUCAAAGGUUUGGCAGUGGGGGGUGGGGGCGGGACUGGGGGGGGGCUCACAUUGCCUAUGUUCUGCUCCUCCCACCCGAGGAAGCUGCUCAAAACGAGCUCCUUCCAGCUGCUGAAGCAUAGGCGAGAGCCGAGCUCGCUGCCCAAGAAGCACUACGCGCAGGAGUACGAGUUCAAGGACGACGAAGACAAGGCCGACAUCCCCGCGGACAUCCGUCUCAAUAGCAGGAGACUGCCGGAUAUCCUGCCGGACCUCGUGUCCAGCUGCCGCAAAUCUGCAGGGGCGCUGAGCCCCCUCGUGGGGAACCCAGACUUCAGCGACCCCUCUGGAUAUCCCUCGCUAGGUCCCCCGCCGCAGCUUUUGUCCCAGGAUGGACCCAAGAAGAGGGGCAGGAAACCGACUAAGCCGAAGAGAGAGGGGCCCCCUCGGCCCCGGGGCAGACCCCGAAUUCGCCCUUUGCCUGAGCUGCCUCACUGCCGAGGUGCGAUGGGGGCGGGGCUCAGCAGAGAGAGCCAGCGGGGCAGAAGCAGGGGCCGUGGGCGGGGCCGAAGGGAGGAUGCCACGAUAGACGUGCACGGAGCGAGCGAGGCGAACGAUCUACAUGGCCAGGAUCUUGAGCAGCUGCGGCAGCAUCCGCCGCUGCCACAACACGCAGCUCAGCACCUGCUGUUACAUCCGCCCCCACAGCAGCAGCAGCAGCGUGAGCCCCGAGGCCCCGUCAAGAUCAAGCUGCUCCUGCCCUCGGAAUCGCCCUCCGACUCCCUGCUGAGGACCGACUCGCUCUCCAGCACCGACCCGGUUCUGUCCGACGGCUCGGUCGGAUCUGCCCCGUCUCUGGGUCUGAGCCCUGGACCCAGCAGCAGUGUGGAUCUGAACUGGAAUCAAGAGAAGUCAAAGCCCAUGGUUCCGGAGAUGGCGUGGGAGGGAGCCGUGGAGGAUCAGCUAACCCCUGAGGUGUGGGCAGCCGUGCAUACGGCCCCUGGCAUGGAGGAAAAGCAGCCGGAGACGAAGUUCGGCUUCAUGGCCUCCUUUCUGGACUUCCUCAGAUCAGGCAAGAAGACUGCCGACACCGUGUCCGUCCUCGGACCCACUGACUCCUCUCCUGGCAAAGGUGUGAUUUGUCCCCUUUCGCCGCCGCCUCCUCCUGCUCCUCCUCCCCAUUUCGGCACAGCCGAGGGAGACGCAGGCCUGGCCCUCGGCGGCUGUCCGAGUCCCUGCAAGAGGCUGGACGAGGAGCUGAAGCGGAACCUGGAGACGCUGCCGUCCUUCUCUUCGGACGAGGAGGACUCGGUCAGCAAGAACCAAGACCUGCAGAAGAGCAUUUCCUCUGCCAUCUCUGCCCUGUACGACACACCCCAGGCCCCACCCCCCAUGCUGCCCCCACCCACGCUGUCCCCGCCCACACCUGGCCAGCAGCCACCGGCACUCAGCCCCCAGCCAGCCCCCUGGGGACACCCCCAGCUGCUUGAGCCGGCCAAGCUGGAAAGGGAGGACGGCAUAGAAGACAGCAAGAAAAAGGAGCAUGAGUUGGAGAACCAGCAGCUAGAGGAAGAGGAUGAGCAGGAGGAGGAAGAGGAACAUGAAGACAGGAGUGUGGUGGAAGACAAUGGGACGGAGCAGGAGGAUGGGAAGGAGGAGAGAGUCCCAGCAGCCGGAGUGAUGACUGCACCUCUGGUGGAAAAUUUAGAAGCUGAGGCCGUUCCUGCCCCAGCCCCUCCGUCCCCCCCGUCGCCCCCGUCCUUGUCCCCGUCUCCACCGCCUUCUUCCCCACCCCCCCUUCCACCACCCCCCCUCUCCCUGCCUUCCCCUCUUCCCCGGCAGGACGAGGAGGAGCCACAGGAGCGAUCUCGGCCUUCUAGUCCGCUCCCCCCCAUUCUCCCGCCCCCCUCUCCUCCAACUCCUACCUUGCCCCCGCCCGCCUCCCCGUCUCCAGCUCUUCAGCUUCCUUCACCGCCAACGCCGGAGGACGCCCCCAUGCCCCAGAUGACCUCACUGCAUGUGGCCAAGAAGCAGGCGGGCGCCGCUAUUGCGGGGGAGAGCGAAGGGGGGGAGAGCGAAAGUGGCGGAGAGGGCAUUUACCGGGAGAGGGACGAGUUUGUGGUGCGCACUGAGGACAUCGGCACCCUCAAGCUGGCAUUGCAGACGGGACGUGAGCCCCCUCCCAUCUGGAGGGUGCAGAAGGCCCUGCUGCAGAAGUUCACCCCUGAGAUUAAAGAUGGGCAACGGCAGUUUUGUGCCACGAGCAAUUAUCUGGGCUACUUUGGCGACGCAAAGACACUGUACGAGCGCCUCUACGUGAAGUUCCUGGAGAAUGUCAACAAGAAGGACUACGUGAGAGUGUGUUCCAGGAAGCCGUGGCACAGACCUGCCGUUGCUCUCAGACGGCAGUCCCUCCCCAAGCUGCUGCCCGCUGCCCGCAGUCAUACCCCUUCUCGAGCGGAGAAGAAACCGACAGCACUCCAGGAAAAGGCAGAGAAUAAAGGCAGGGGGUCCGAGCGAGUGAGGGGGAAGGAGGAGAGGAAGGCAGAGCGACCCACCCGCAUCAGGCCAGUCAAAGCAAAGUCUGAGCCCCCCCCAAAGAAGAGGAAGAUGUGGCUCAAGGAGGUUCCCUCUUCAUCAGACUCUGAGUCCUCUGCCAGCGAGGAUGACGUGCCGCUGAGAGAACUCGCCAACAGCCGUGCCAUGAGGGAGAUGUUCCGCAGCUAUGUGGAGAUGCUAGUGAGCACGGCACUGGACCCGGACAUGAUCCAAGCCCUGGAGGACACAAACGAUGAGCUGUACCUCCCACCCAUGAGGAAGAUCGACAGCAUCCUCAGUGAGCAGAAGAGGAGGCUUCUCAAGAGGGUCAACAUGAGCUCCCAGCACCAGGAAGCCCUCCACUCUUUCCCCCAGAUGAUGGCGGACCCUCUGGACUCAGGCGUGGUGCGAGUGUGCCUCGGCGGGGACGGGUACAACCGUAAAACCCUGAACCGCACCAAGAGGUCCUUGCCGAAGCAGCAGGACAUGAAGCUGUCGCCGGAAACGUGCCGGAUCUACAGUCUUUACCACUCGCUGCACCACUAUAAGUACCACACGUUCCUGCACUGCAAGAGGGAGACAGACAGCGUGGAGCAGGCAGCCGAGGACCCCGGGCAGGAGGAGGUGGUGCAGCAGUGCAUGGCCAACCAGGGCUGGCUUGAGACGCUCUUCAACUCCUUCCUGGAGCUGCUCUCCCUCAGUGCCAAGGCCUGAGCGGGGUGGACGGGGGAUGAGGGGGUGAGGGGGUGGGCUUGCGUGCGCGUUGGACCCCGAUGGUUGCGCGUCCCUCCGCCCGGCGCUGUAAAUAAACUCCGAGCUAUGCGAGGCGAGGGGACGGGGACUCGGGCUGCUGUGACGCCGCAGUAGAGGACGAGCACGGCGACGGGAUCGAGAGGAGGGAGGCCGAGUGUCGCAGAGCGUGUCGCUGAAAGACGAAGGGAAUGGAACUCCAGCACACAAGUGGAAACGUGAGAGAACAGGCUGAGAUGUGAGAAAUGGGCGGCGGGAGUCAGUGAGCUCCGUGUUAAUUAUUAAAAUUACAUUUAUACACACACACACAGAUCUGUGUAUAAAAAUUAAAUUUGUAUUAUUUGUACAAAAAGGACAUUUUUAACAGCUACCUUCUCUGGCUGGGAUAGUUGACUAUUGUUACUUUCAAGAGCAGUAUUUUGCUGCGGUGGAAAGGCGAGAAACGUUUCUUGUGUUUGGUGUUCAAUAGGGCAGUCCACAUCUGUCUCUCUGUCUUUCUUUCUUUCUGUCUCUCUCUCACUCUCUCCCCACAACAGGGAGCUGUAAAGAGAUGAGUAACGGAAAGAGCAGUAUGUGUCCAUAUUCCUUUGAACUCGCCUUUCUGUUUCAUAUCUCGGUCACUUUGUGCAGCGCUCCUGCACCUCUCUUCGUGUGUAAAUACUGUAUGCCCUGCUUCCUCCUCUGUACAUUCAGUUCCCUGUACUGACAAAAGCAAAUAAAAGCCGCGAGAAGAAUGGAAAUGAGAAAACGCCGUGUGGCGUUUUGGUGCCAAACCCCGUCCCCUUCGUCGCCGAGU